AUGCCAUGGCUCGAGGAGGUGAACCCGAUUAUCGACUGGACAGCCAAGACGGUGCGUCCACGACCAGACGUUCAGCCCGCAGUACGUGGUGGUGGACGGCGAUGCAGCCAGCCACGAAAGUCUCCUAGGCAGUGUGCUACUGCGCGUCUGCAAAAUUACUUUACGCAUGGCUAUCAUUCCGAAGAGGAGGACCCCGAGAUGACGCCCAAGGCGGCAGCAGCGUGGACGAAACUUGAGGGUACCUCUACUGGUUAA